UGUUACAUAUAAGGUGUGGUAUAUAUUUACCAUUUUAUUCAUGUACAAUCAUUUUUAUUCUUAUCUGUUUUAAUAUAUUUUUAAUCAAAUUUUAAAUACUUGUAAAUGUUUUUGUUUUUAUUGUUGCGAUUAUUUUUCUAUAAUUAUUGUAUGUCUUUUUAUGUAAAGCACUUUGAUUUACCAUUGUGUAUGACAUGUGCUAAACGUGUCUCGCUUUGCCUCAUUUAGUACUAGUUUUCACAAAGCUGUUGUUUGCAUCAGGGUAACUCACUAGCAAAAAUCAACGGGUGUAUUUCUCGUCGGAGUUAGAGAGGAGAGUAAUAAUGACCUCUGACCCAAGCAUACCUCUCAUCCAUAUGCACCAGCUCUCAGGAGAAAAGUGCCAUCGUCAGGGCUUUCCAUUGACUGUAAAAUGCUUACAGGGACUGCGGAGAGAGCCUUCUGGGCUAUGCGAUGACCCUGCGGCUUUGGCACAGACAAACUCUGAUGACGGGGUCUUUCUAUUGUACCCCAAGCCCAUCUACGCUCCCCUUGCCAAGUAUAAAAGUUAGAGCAGUGGUCAGAGGGGGCAAGCCAACCCAGCACGGCACAGCUGUACUCAAGCAGAACCCCUUCAUCAUGUCUCAGACCAAGUCUUCCAACCAGGGCACCGAUGCCAAAGACAAGGGAGUUCCCGCUCCCGCUGCCAGCAGCAAGGCUUCCAAGACCGGAGAUCCUGGAAUGAUGGGAAACUACAAAAUCUUCCUGUUCGACCAGGAGAACUUUCAGGGCAGGAUGAUGGAGGUGCAGAAUGAGUGCAUGAACGUUUGCGAGCGUGGAAUGGACAGAGUUCACAGUAUCAUUGUGGAGUGCGGCCCCUUUGUUGCCUUCGAGCAGACUAACUUCCGUGGUGAGAUGUUCAUCCUGGAGAAGGGCGAGUAUCCUCGCUGGGACACCUGGUCAAACAGCUACCGCAGUGAUUGUCUCAUGUCCCUCAGACCGAUCCGCAUGGAUUCCAUGGAACACAAGAUCUGCCUGUAUGAGCUGUCCGACUUCCAGGGCAACAAGAUGGAGAUCCACGAGGAUGAUGUGCCUUCCCUGUGGGCGCACGGCUUCUGCGACAGAGUGGGCAGCGUGAGGGUCCCCGGUGGAGCUUGGGUGGGAUACCAGUACCCCGGAUACAGAGGUUACCAGUAUCUGUUUGAGUGUGGCGACUACAGACACUUCAAUGAGUUUUGCGCUUUCCAGCCUCAGAUUCAGUCCAUGCGCCGUGUGAGGGACAUGCAGUUCCACCAGCGCGGCUGCUUUAACCUGACCACUGCUAAACAGUGAUCAAACCUCACUGCGGCCUUGUAGCAUAGCAACUAGCCUCCUCAUGGCGCUUUUUAUCCCCGUGCCUUCACCCCUUUCUCAGGAUGCUCCCCUUAGAAUAGACUCAUGUCAAUCGUCCCUGACACCAAACUGACUUUUUAUGAUGCCAAUAAUAAACAUGUUUUGG